UUUAUAAAAAAUUUUUUAAUUGCAGGAAAAAGGAACCAAAAGAAAUUUUCGUGUAAACGCUGUAAGAAGAACUUCACAGCUAAACAAAGUUUGCAAAUUCAUGAAAGAAUCCAUACAGGAGAAAAGCCUUACACUUGUGACGAGUGUAAACAGAAAUUUACACAAAAGUCAACCUUAAUAACACACCUCCGAAAAAACACUGGAGAGAAGUCUUACUGUUGUGACGAGUGUAAAGAAAAGUUCACAACUAAACAAAAUAUGGAAACUCAUAAAAAAAUUCAUACAGGAGAAAAGCCUUACACUUGUGACGAGUGUAAAAAGAAAUUUACAAAAAGAUCAACCUUAAUAACACACUUCCGAACACACACUGGAGAAAAGCCUUACAGUUGUGACCAGUGUAAAAAGAAGUUUGCAGACAAGUCAAACUUAAUUAAAGACCUUAACGCCCAAUCCCGAGUAUACUCGGAGAUAGUAUAUCGAAUGGAAAAAUUCGUCAUACAAUUCGUUUUUAAANGAAUUCAUACAGGAGAAAAGCCUUACACUUGUGAUGAGUGUAAACAGAAGUUUACACGAAAGUCAACCUUAAUAACCCACCUUCAAAAACACACUGGAGAAAAGCUUUACUGUUGUGACCAGUGUAAACAGAAGUUCACAACUAAACAAAAUAUGGAAAAUCAUAAAAAAAUUCAUACAGGAGAAAAGCCCUACAGUUGUGAUGAGUGUGAACAGAGCUUUACAACUAAACAAAGUUUGCAAACUCAUGAAAGAAUCCAUACAGGAGAAAAGCCUUACACUUGUGAUGAGUGUAAACAGAAAUUUACACAAAGGUCCAAUUUAAUUACACACCUCCGAAUUCAUACAGGAGAAAAGCCUUACACUUGUGAUGAGUGUAAACAGAAGUUUACACGAAAGUCAACCUUAAUAACCCACCUUCAAAAACACACUGGAGAAAAGCUUUACUGUUGUGACCAGUGUAAGCAGAAGUUCACAACUAAACAAAAUAUGGAAAAUCAUAAAAAAAUUCAUACAGGAGAAAAGCCUUACACUUGUGACGAGUGUAAACAGAAGUUCACACAAAAGGCAAACUUAAUUAGACAUCUUUCGAUCCACAAUAAACAAAAGUAACAUUGAACGUUAAUUAUGAUCAGCGAAAUUCGUUUGAAAGCACGAUCCAAAAAUACAUUAUAAUAUUCACACUUAGAAAUUUUGAAGGAAUAUUAUUUUUAAUUUCUAUUGAUGUAGAAUGAUCGAAAGAUGUAAGCAAAACUGGUUGUAAAUGAAAAUUUGUUUUUCUAAUUUCUAAGAAGUUUUAACUAACAAACAUUUCAAUAUUCAUAUUCAAAUGUAGCUCUUUUCGAAUUUUGUAAUUAUAUUUCAAAUGGUAACAGCUCUGUAUCUCGAUAUUUUUAAACAAAAUUUAAUAUUUUCUGAAAUUUUGAAAUUGCAAUUUUCUGUUUGAACAUAGAAAACAGAGUUCAUGUAGAAGUUUGUUCAAAACAGAUUUCGUUAUUUUUAAUUCACAUUAUUACAACUUCAUAUUAA